AUGACCUGCCACAAACACUCUGCCAUACACUGCAGAAUAAACAACUAUACCUUGACUGAACAGGUUGGUUCAGGCGCUUACGGUCUUGUGUUUCGUGCCAUAGACACUCAUGUGCCCACUUACCGUAGUGGCCAAGUCGCCAAUACAGUCGCCAUUAAGGCUGUUCUCAAGAAGAAUGUCAAUGGUGAUCGUACGUUGGAUGACGCCACAAAGACUAGGUACUUGACUCAUCAGCUUUAUUCAUACUUCCAAGCAAACCAUAGCAGUCUGUUUUUGAAAUCGAUCGAUUUGGAUCUUUUAGCAGAUGAAUACAACCCAAAGACUAUAGAAUGGAUCAGAAAGUGUCCGUUUCUAAGAGAGGUCUCAUUACAACUACGUGUGAACCAUCUACAGCAUGUUGUUCAUGUGCACAAGGUUCUUGAUUCGCCCGUGGCCACUUUUAUCGUGAUGGAUUAUUACCCGCUGGACUUAUUCACUUCCAUUGUCGAUUGCAAGCAUUUUGCCAAAAACCCAUUUUUAAUUAAAAAAGUGUUUGUUCAGUUGGCUUUGACUAUCUUGAAUUGUGCUCAAUUGGGUGUUUUCCAUUGUGAUAUUAAGCCAGAAAAUGUUUUAUUGGAUUCUCAAUUCAACGUGAAAUUGUGUGAUUUCGGCUUGGCCACUACUCAAAGAGUUUUACCGGCAAAUGUCUCUGUGGGGUCCUCUUAUUAUAUGGCUCCAGAAAAGAUUCAAAACUCAGCUGUACCAUCCGUACCCUAUUAUUACCGUACCGAACUUGGUGAUAUUUGGUCUCUAGGGAUCAUUCUAAUCAACUUGACAUGUGUCCGUAACCCAUGGUUACAAGCUGAUUCUCAAGCAGAUCACACUUUCCGUUGUUAUACUCGUGAUUCUUCUGUAUUGAGUCGUAUUCUACCAAUAUCACCACAGUUGAACUCACUACUAGCUGAUAUUUUGAGUUUGAACCCUGACAAACGUCCUUCAUUGAGUGAAUUGAUAUAUAGAGUCUUGCACAUUGAUUGUUUGGCUCCACAGGGAACUCCAUUGGGUGCAGAACGUGUGCCUGUAUUCAAUUCAUUAUAUGAUAUUGGUCCCUUGGAUGAUUAUUUGGGAUUACAAGAUCUCUCUAUACGCUCUGUUUCCAUAUCGUCUGCUUCUUCAACGUACAUUUCACCUUUGGCAUCACCAAAGAGUAGUAAUAAUAAUGAUAACAGCAAUAACACUAGUACUACAAACCUACUUAAUUAUAAAGCCCAUGCUAAUUCGAAUCUACAUUCCCAUUCCGUCUCUCCAUCUCCUUCUUUUCUCUCAAAUGGAUCCAGUAUUAUCUCUCUGGAUUCAUUGAGUAUACAUGAUACAAAAUAUACAACCGCCCAAACCCAUAGAAAUAACGAUUGGAUCAAUUGGAACAACAAUGCAAAUAAAAUGAUACUCAAUUAG